AUGUCCGAGCCAACCAUUCAUUCACUCUUUGAGACUGCCACAAGCACAUGGCAAUACAUAGUUGCGGACCCCAUCACCAAGCACGCAGUCAUCAUCGACCCUGUCCUCGACUACGAUCCUGUCAAAAUAGCAGUAUCAACCGGUUCAGCCGAUACGAUCAUCAAGAUUGUGAAAGACGAGGGCUAUCAAGUUGACAUCAUACUUGAGACCCAUGCUCAUGCGGAUCAUCUCACUGCAGCAUCAUAUAUCCAGUCCGUCUUGGCUCGGAGCCAGAGCGUCAAACCAGCUAUCGGUAUCGGAAGUCGUAUCAAGCAAGUGCAGCACUUGUUUGGUGAGAAGUACGGCAUCGCAAGUCAAGAAUACGAGACGGUCUUUGAUAAGCUCUGGGAGGAUAAUGACGAGUUUGCCAUUGGUAACUUGACUGCUCGAACUGUUCAUUUACCAGGACACACACCCGAUCACAUGGGAUAUCAGAUUGGCAACAACGUCUUUGUCGGCGAUUCGAUUUUCAACGUCGACGUAGGUUCCGCCCGCGCAGACUUUCCCGGCGGCAGUGCCGAAGAGAUCUUCAAAUCAGGUCGCAAACUACUCUCACUCCCCGACGACACCAAGAUCUGGGUAGGCCAUGACUACCCACCAGAAGGCCGAGAUGCUCCGCUGCCUUUUGCUACUGUUGCGGAGCACAAGAAGAAUAACAAGCAUCUCAAGGAUGGAACACGGGAGGAUGAAUUUGUCGAGAUGAGGAGGAAGCGAGAUGCGACGUUGGCGGCGCCGAGACUGAUUCAUCCUUCGUUGCAGGUUAACAUUAGGGGUGGACAGUUGCCUGCUCCGAGUACAUCGGGAUCACGCAUGUUUCAUCUUCCCUUGGUUACCCCGACGUGGUAA